AUGUCUUUUGGUCUUCCAUUUUCAAUCCCAUACCCUCUGGAGGCGCAGACUGGUUAUUGGGAUAAAGUGACAUCCACAAUCGACUGGUGCGAGGAGAACUACGUUGUCUCACCAUACGUUGCAGAGGCUAUGAACACGUUGUCCAACAGUGUCUUCAUCCUUCUUGCUGUGUUUGCUGUUUAUUCUUCGGUGAAGAACAAACAUGAGAUUCGAUUCGCCAUCAUAAGUCUUGGAUUCAUGCUUGUCGGUGUCGGGAGUUGGCUAUUCCAUAUGACUUUGAAGUACGAGUUCCAGCUUCUGGAUGAACUACCUAUGAUCUAUGCCACAUGUGUUCCGAUGUGGUCUAUAUUCAGCGAAGGCCGUGACUCGACAACUUCAGUGGUUAUCUUGCUAACGGUUAUUUUCUCUGCGAAUUUGCUGACAGCAAUAUACAUGUACUUUAAGGACCCAACUAUCCAUCAAGUUGCAUAUGCCAUCAUGAACGUCAUCAUUGUGUUGAAGAGUUACCUCCUUACCGAGGAGAACGUCCAUGACGAGAGGGCGAAGAAGAACCUCUUCAGAACCAUGGGCCUUGGAAUCGCAAUAUUCCUCAGUGGCUACUUCUUGUGGAACAUGGAUGUACAUUUCUGCGAUAGUUGGAUUGACUUGAGAAGAUUUUUAGGCAUGCCAUAUGGAUUUUUCUUUGAAUUACACAGCUGGUGGCACAUAUUGACUGGAACAGGUGUCUAUUUCUAUGUUGUUUACUUGGAAUACCUGAGACUUUUCCUCAUUGGCAAACAAGACCAGUACGAGUUCAUCAACCAUUUUGGGUUCUUACCGGAGAUCGUGCUGAAGAAGGAGAAGCAAAGCUGA